ACCGCCGGAGGGAGGCGCCGUCCCCUCGCCCCGUCCGGCCGCCGGCAAGCAACCCCAGCCUCCCCUCCCGAUCCGCCCCCGCGCCGCGCCUGGGCCGCGCCGGAAUCGAUCCCGGCCGGUGACGCCGGAUCCAGCGCCGCCACGCCAGAUCCAGCGCCGGCGCGCCCUAGAGACCCGCGGCAGCUCAUCUCGGUGCUGCGCCAGCGUCUGCGUCGUGCCGCACCGUCGGAAAAAGUCUCCUCCGACUCGGGGGGGCGCCACCGCGAGCCUCCUCCGACUCGGGCGCCGCGAGCCGGAGCAGCGCCGGUGUCCUUCGACUCCCCUUCUCGACAACGCCAUCGCCUAGGAUCUUGGGGGGGUUGACCUGAGCCUCCAUGGUGCGCGGCAAGUCCGACCGGGGGGACACGUCGGUGGUGGUCGUCGUCCUAGAGGCAAACGAGGUGUACAUUGUGGCGAGCCUGUCGACAGCAGGCGACACACAGGUGAUCCGCGUCGACCCCACCACGGGGGCGCUGCGCCACCAGGGGAAGCAGGGGGAGGACCUCUUUGAGUCCGAGGCGGCUGCCCUGAAACACAUCACCAACGGGUCGAGAUUCUUAUCCAAGAGCACCACAUAUGCCAAGGCCGUGCUGGGCUAUGCCGUGUUAGGGAGUUACGCUCUGCUUCUCGUUGCAACGCAGCUCAGUGCGACGGUCCCGCGGCUACCUGGAGGCGGGUGUAUAUAUACCGUGUCGGAGAGUCAAUGGGUGAAGGUUCAGCUGCAGAAUCCUCAGCCCCAGGGAAGUGGGGAGCUGAAGAAUGUCAAGGAUUUGGCUGAUCUUGACAUUGAUGGCAAGUACUACUUUUGUGAAACGAGGGACAUCACUAGGCCGUUUCCAAGUCGGAUGGCUAUUCAGGAACCAGACGAGGAGUUCGUGUGGAAUGCGUGGUUGUCAAGGCCUUUCAAGGACAUUGGUUUGCCGGGGCAUUGUGUCAUUCUUUUGCAGGGCUUUGCAGAGUGUCGCAAUUUUGGAGCUGCAGGGCAGCAAGGUGGGCUAGUUGCUCUCAUUGCACGCCGUAGUCGGCUACAUCCUGGUACCCGCUAUUUGGCUCGUGGGCUGAAUGCAUGUUCUGGCACCGGCAAUGAGGUGGAGUGCGAGCAAAUUGUUUGGGCCCCUCAAAAAGGUGGGCAAGUAAUACCUUUUAACUCGUAUAUCUGGCGGCGUGGGACUAUACCAAUAUGGUGGGGUGCAGAAAUAAAGAAUGCUGUGUCAGUUGAGGCUGAGAUUUAUGUUGCUGAUGAUCCUUACAAUGGGACCUUGCAAUACUACCAACGGCUGGGUCGAAGAUACGGUAAUAAAUCAUCUGAAGUCAGUGCUACGAGUAAGAAGAAACCUGGAAUGGUUCCCAUUGUGUGUGUUAACUUGCUAAGAUAUGCUGAAGGGAAACCCGAGACAAUUCUAGUUGAACAUUUCAAAGAAUCUCUGAAGUACCUGAAGUCUACUGGCAAGCUUGGAAACACCUGGAUUCAGUUGAUAAAUUAUGACUGGCAUGCCACUGUGAAGUUAAAAGGGCAACAACAGACAGUUGAGGGCCUCUGGAGGCACCUUAAAGCACCAACAAUGGCCAUUGGCUUCAGUGAAGGGAAUUACUACAGUGUAAAACAGCAGCUUAACGAAUGCAAGGGAUCAAUUAUCUGCAAUGGUGAUGGUGGGUUCUGUAUGGAUAAUGUUCAAAAUGGUGUGGUACGUUUUAAUUGUGCAGAUUCUCUUGAUCGCACCAAUGCUGCUAGCUAUUUUGGGGCGCUUCAAGUUUUUGUCGAACAGUGUAGUCAACUUGGUAUUUCCCUUGAUAUAGAUGCUAUGUUUGGCUUAUCGGCAAGCAGAAAUUCUGAGUAUAACGGUCGGAGUGCUCGUUCUUUGCCCCCUGGAUGGGAGGAACGCUUUGACUCUGUAACAGGUAAAUCAUUUUAUAUCGAUCAUAAUACACGUACUACCUCAUGGGAGCAUCCAUGCCAGGAAGCUCCACAUAAGCGCUGGAAGAGAUUUGAUAUGACAUUUGAGCAGUUCAAGAGCUCAACAAUGCUUGCCCCAGUGAACCAUCUUGCUGAAAUUUUUCUUUUGGCUGGUGAUAUACAUGCCACGUUGUACACUGGCUCAAAAGCUAUGCACAGCGAGAUUCUAAACAUAUUCAAGGAGGAGACUGGAAAGUUCAGCAAAUUCUCUGCUGCUCAGAAUGUCAAGAUUACACUGCAAAGAAGGUUCCACAAUUAUAUGAAUGAUAGCUCUCGUCAAAAACAGUUUGAGAUGUUUCUUGGAUUGAGGCUAUAUAAGCAUCUCCCAUCCAUCCCAAUUUUCCCUCUCAAAGUACUAUCGAGACCAUCUGGAUGCAUGUUGAAACCAGUUCCUUGUAUCACUCCAAUGGCUGAUGGUGGUUCCAGUCUUCUCAGCUUCAAAAAGAAGGAUAUUGUUUGGGUAUGCCAGCAAGGUGCAGACUAUGUUGAGCUUUUUAUAUACCUUGGAGAACCUUGUCAUGUUUCUCAGCUUCUUCUUACUGUUUCCCAUGGGGUUGAAGAUUCUUCAUAUCCAGCUACUGUAGAUGUCAGAGUUGGCUCCAGCAUAGAUGCUCUUAAGCUUGUUGUUGAGGGCGCUUGCAUACCCCAGUGCUCGAAUGGGACAAAUUUGUUGAUCCCUCUCACUGGAAGAAUUCAUCCAGAGGACUUGGCUGUUACCGGCAAUAGUGCUCGACCGGACGUUCAAGAGAGCACUUAUCUUCCGUUGUUAUACGAUUUCGAAGAGCUGGAAGGAGAAGUGAACUUUCUAAAUCGGGUUGUCGCAUUAUCUUUUCAUCCUUCUCCCAUGGCGAGAACAGCCAUCACACUUGGUGAGAUGAGUAAUCUUCUGAAACAGAUUGAAGUACUUGGUGUUUCUCUUCCAUGGGUGGAUAUGUUAACCAAUAGCAAAGGUGUUGCUCAAGUUUUGGAGCUCCUCCAUGAAAAAGCAUAUACUCCCCGCGAUCUAGCUUUGAAAAAUAUUGCAGAUUCUUCCUCUCCUGGUAAUGCUGUUCACGGUAGUGAGAGGAGUUAUACUAGAAGUUCAUCAUCAGUUCAACCUGGUGGUUCAGGAAAUUUUGUGGAUUUUCUCACGGGUGAUAUCGACGUACCGAACCAAUCAAAAAACACUGGAAAUACAUCUUUUGGUAAUGAGGAUCAGACGAACUUCUUUGAUGAUGAAUUUGACGUCAACCCUUUUGCCACUGCAUCAGAAGAGCCUGUUGCUGAAGUCAAUAACCAUGUUGAAGAUUGUGGCAGUACACAGUUUUAUCUCGAGUUUUUGGAGUCACUUUCUCAAAAUAAUAAGGGAAAGAGCCUUAACUUUGAACAAAUGAUGAAGCUUGAAAUAAAACGUCUUUAUCUUGAUCUUUCUGCUGCCGAAAGGGACCGGGCAUUGUUAUCGAUUGGUGUAAUUCCUGCCACGGUAGAUCCAAAUCGUUCAGUUGAUUACUCUUACCUGUUGAAGUUAUCCAGCCUUACUGAUAAGCUAGCAUUGCUGGGGCAUUCUGUCUUUGAGGAUCGUACUAAUGCUUCAAUAGGGCUCGAAAAGGUCAAUAGCCAUGCUGUAGACUUUUGGAAUAUCAGUGAAAAUGGUGAAUCAUGCUCUGGUGGGGCAUGUGAAGUCCGUGCUGUAUCUUCGUUACAAGCUUCAGCUACUAGUGGAAAUACAUCACUAUUCGUGGAGUGUUCCCAGUGCGAAAGGACAGCUUGCAAGGCUUGCUGUGCUGGGAAAGGGGCCUUCCUUUUGCUUGGCAACACUUACAGAGAUCUGAAGAUAUAUGGUGGGAAUCAAGGUGGUGGCUAUUCAGCCCUCGCAGAUAGUUCUGUGUGCAAAUCAUGCUGCAAUGAGAUGAUUAAACAAGCACUGUAUGUCGAUUAUGUCAGGGUUCUUCAUAGUAUGAGAAGAAAAGGUCGUGCGGAGAAAGCAGCACUGAAAGCAGUGAAUCAGGUCUGCCAACUUGAGCCCAAUAGAAUAUCGGAUUCAGUACAUAGUGUUCAAUCUGGUCUGAGACAAUUGAAGCAGCUCCUUGAUGAUGAAGAAUCUCUUGCAGAAUUUCCACAUGCAAGCUUUUUACAUACGGUAGAAACUGCUGAUGACUCUGCUCCACUGUUUUCGUUGCUGGCACCACUUGGUAGUGGAGUGCACAAGUCCUACUGGAAAGCUCCACAAGGCAACACAUCUGUGGAGUUCCCGAUUGUUCUUGGCGGUAUAUCAGAUGUUUCAGGAGUUGCAAUAAUUGUCAGUUCCUGUGGUUACUCAACAUCUGAUUGCCCAAUUGUGGAGAUAUGGGCUAGUAAUAAAAUACAGCGAGACGACCGCACAUUCAUAGGAAAGUGGGACGUGCAAAGUAUGAUAGUGUCAUCUCCUCAGCUUUAUGGACCAGAAAAUUCGGGUAGCUUGGAUGAGGCACCAAGACACUUUAAACUACACUUCCCAAAUCCUAUCCGCUGUCGCAUAAUUUCAAUAAAAAUGACACUUCCCCAAAUUGGUUCUAGCUCAACCAAGUUUAAUGAAGACUUUAGUGAUCUUUUAUCAUUGGAUGAAAGCUCAUUUAUUGAUUCUAAGGCAAACAAUUCACAUAACUCAUUUAUCCAUGCAAAAAGGAUUGUUGUUUUCGGUAGCUCUUUGCCCAAGGAGAUGGGUCCUGACACAUCUGUGGCAAUAAUGAGGAUGAGAAGUUACGUAGAUGGAUCACCAUCGUUUGGCAGAUUUAGGAUUCCGGUUGAGGCUGAGAGGUUGAGAGACCACGAUCUUGUUCUUGAGCAAUAUCUCUUGCCUAAUUCGCCUGGAAUAGCUGGAUUUCGCCUUGAUUCCUUUGGUGUUAUAAGACCUCGAGUAACCCAUUCACCUCUGCCAUCAGAGUUAGAUAUGAAGGAGUGUUCAUUGAUACGUAUGGAAGAUAGACACUUAAAUCCUGCAAUUCUUCAUAUACAAGUCACAGUUGUUAAGGAGUCUGGCAAGCUGGUUGUAGAGGAAUACCGUCUGCCGGAAGUAAAAGCAAAUACACCACUGUAUUUUGAUUUUUCGGAUUUGCAGCAAGAUGCCCGUUGCGUUAUCUUUAGAUUACUUGGAGAUGUCACUGCCUUUGUUGAUGAUAUUGCUGAGAUUGAUGGCUUAAGCUUGCGGAAUCUUCCUCUGGCUUCUGGAUUGUCUUUGUCAAAUAAGAUCAAGCUGUACUACUACGCUGAUACCUAUGAGAUGGGAAAGAUCGGCAGUCUCUCGGCAGUAUGAUAUAUACAAGGUGUUGUACAUGCCAUGAUGAAGUGAUUCACGGUUGGUACAUAUUGGUGUUGUAAACUAGUAUUAUUAUUCCUUUGUGUCGGUGUCGUAGGCGAUAACUACAGCAGUGCAGUGCGGUGCAGCACGGUACCACAACAAAAACCCACAAGAACUUGAGAACGUUCUGUUUGUGCGAUACAAGUUGAGGACCCUGGGGAUAUUAACUAUAGUAUUUCUUUAUUUAUUUUUCGUUUGUAGAAUGUCGGUAAAUCGAAGAUCCGUUUGCUUUUGUAGGAUGUUUGAAAAUUCAAUGUGAUUGCCACACUUUUGAUGCUGCCAGUUACAAUUUGUGGAUGCGUGUAUGAAAUCUGUAAAGGAUCAAGUGCUGAAUUUUGUAUGAGGUUUUCUUUACUGACAAAUAUUUUGGGCACUGGUUUUUUCCAGUUACAAGUUCACUUGUAUGUUGCACUUAAUUUGAAUAACAACAUCUGAGGCUAAGAGGUGGGCCAA